AUGCGCGCCAGGUUUUUUCGUUUUUUUUUUUUUUUUUUUUUGCCUUGCACUUUGUUUGGGCUCUGCACUGUGCUGUACCACCCACGGCCACAACGCCUUGAUGUCACCCUGGGUGCAAACAACAACUUGCACCCGGUCCGCCCCGAUCUUGCUCCCGCCGAGGCCACCCGCCAGUGCGAAAUUCCCAACCUGCCUAUUCCUGGCGUCUCCGAGACACCCAGAGAACAAAGUACUCCGUAUAGAAGAAUGUUGGACACGCACUUUGCGCUCUUCAUGUCCACACAGCUCGUCACCGCUUCAGCCAUGGCCCCCCAGAUUUGUGCAUGGAAGAUACAUAUGGAGGCCUAUCAGUGAAGCGUGCUCCGUAACAUGCAAGUCCAGCUGGCAGCUGAGAGACGACAAAUAUAGCUCGUCAUUUAGCCGCGUAGUCUUGGGGCCUUGCAGCCAUCAUAUGGCACCAAUGUCUAGUUCACGGGACUUGAGGUCAGCCCCUUACUGUCAUGACUCCAGAUCCCAAACACUGUUGGAGCGAGAACAGCUUGAGGCUUAGCGGACACCCCGGCUUCCGUGGGAAUGCACAUACAGCGAACGAUAAGGAGUGCAACCAUCCCGAAGUCGCAUUGUCCAUCUCGCCCAGGCAUUGCCACACCGUUGCCGCCGAUCUGACCGGCCGUGAGAAGCCAUCCCGCCUACUCCGGCUCCACCGGUGCAAGGGAGGCCGAGGUCUCCAGCCUUACAAUGUUACAGGUGGACACUGUCGGUCUUGGUUCAGAGCCGGCCAGUAUUUGCCUCAAGACUCGUAUCAGGAGCACGGGCGAAGAAAUCUAUCUCUCCUAAAAACUCUAAUCGGGUCUAUCGCUGUUAGGGGUAAAGGCUGUGCUGUACCUGUCGCACUAAGAGGAAAAUAAGACAAGAACAGGAAGGGAAAAAGAAAACCUGGAGAAAAAGA